CGGCUCCUGCGCGAUGCGCGUGGCGCGCUGCGCCGCAUAAUCUUGCGUAUCAGUGAUCGGCAGUGCCAUCCAGAAGGCAGUAGGUUACGGGUUCGAACGUGGUGUGUAAUUUAGCGAGCCCUUAUUGGUGCGAUCGGUGAAAAGGGUAACUCGCGAGCGGGGGUAGAGGCGCGCACGGUAGUGGGUGCACGAUAACUCGCGAGUGUUGGGAAAAUCUAGUGCCCCAGCCAUCAUGGCGAAUCCACGGAAAUUCAGUGACAAGAUCGCGCUGCACAAACAGAAGGAAGCGCAGGAGAGAGCGGCGUUUGAGGCUAUCAUGCGAGAGGUUUCGGACGUCACAAGCAGAGUCGCCUCGGCGAGCAGCUCGGUGGGCGCUAGUCCCACGGGAUCCGGGGUACUGGAAACCCCGCUGUCCGUCAAGAGUGCCGGCGCCAGUCCACCGCAGUCCAGCGGGAAACACCUGCACAUUAACCUGGGCAAUCAGUUCAGGGCGGGCGGUUCUCUGCCAAACGUAAACAACAACGCGAAUUGCGGGAACGACGCGAAAGAGCACGCAUCGCCGCACACCGCCGCUAUCCACUCGAUUGACCUGAAGACGGCGCUUAAUAACCUGGAGGAAAUGCACAACAAUUCCAUGGUGUAUCGCAACAACGACAGGAGCAGAAACAUGGGGGUGGGACCGAUGCGGAUACGUCCGAUGGACAAGAGGCACGACACCUCGCCGUACAGUGGCGUCCCGUAUCUAUCGCCACCCCCGCCCGACAUCUGGAGGAGAACCAAUUCGGAUUCGGCUCUGCACCAAAGCGCCAACGAAGCCUGCCAGUCGACCAACGCCAUCCCUCAUCGACGAGAUCAACACACGAUGAGCGGAUCCGGGAGCGACAACAGGGACCUGCAUCACGGAUUCAUCGAACGGCCAAGAUCGUCCUGCGAGGUGCCCAGAGUGCCCGGGAUCAACAUAUAUCCGAGCUCGCAGCCCCCGGGACAGCAAAUCCCAAUAGGCAACAACACAGGAUCGUUACCCGAUCUGAGCAACGUCCAUUUCCCGUCGCCUCUUCAUACCCCGUUGGACCAGGAAGAGCAUUCGAGCAGUACUCCGUUCAGCAACAGCCCUCAAACGAGCAGUCCCACAAACCUGUCGCCGACCAGCUUGGCUCAAGCUGGUAGGCUAUCCUUUUCACAGGAUCACAAUCCGACCAGCGCCCAAGGUGUGGCGCUGGAAAACAGCACAAGUACUUCGCAACAGGAUCUUCAGAGCUAUUCGCAACAACCGGGGCCACCGCCACCGACGGCGACGUCCCACAGUCCAGUUGGCCACUACAUAUAUCAGCAACCGCACAGUCCUGUGCCACCACAAAGUCCAAAAUCGUCGCAGACGCAUCAAACGCAGCAGCAGCAGCUCAACUCCUUAAGCUCGUACAGGUCCUCGCAGCAGGUGAACAGGCCGUCGCCGCAGUCGUCGCCCAGUCUAACGGUUCAAGGGAGUCCUUUGAGCUACAGCAACAACCCGUCGGCGCCUCCUAGUCCCACAGGACAUCCGGGUCCGCCGAAUCUGACGUCCGAUGGCAUCGAUCAGAACAGUUACUUCCUGAGCCAGGCGCAGGCGGCGGCUCUUCAGCAGGAUUUCGAGCAGUUCACGAUGGUCAGUGAAACGUCCGUUUCCGGUGUCGAUUGGCCGAAAUUCGCGCAGCAGCUCAUGGAACUUGGUUGCACCUGGACCACGCAGAUAGAGAUGGACACGCCUGUGCAGACCAACACCAUGGGAUCGUACAUCGGUGAGAACCACACCACGAAUUACACGCAGAAUGACGUGAUAAAUGUCGGAGGUGAAUUAGGUGGCGGAGAUGCAGGUUAUUUCAGCACGAGCCCACAAAUGGCGUACCAACCUACGACAACGUCCACCGCCACCACCACCACCCAACAACUCACGCCACAGACACCUAACACACCAACGAUCAUCCUCACUGACUUUUCUGGGGCGGAUGACCUGACGAACCCGGAGUUCGUGAAAGAUCUCGGGACGGCGAUGAUGGGGGAGUUCGAUCCAGAUCUCUUUCCGUCGGACGACGCUCUCAGGCAGGGCCUCGACCCGAUCGACGUGGACGGUCUACAAAUGCUCACCGACCCGACGAUGGUUAUAUCCGAUCCCAGCGCCGAAGCCCAUUUUAGGCUAGAUCGACUUUAAGGCGAGACACUUUACUCAUUUGCGAUUAUGCGCUGACUAUAUUACGUAGGAAUAAAAAUUCUUAUCUGUCCGUGUGUCGCGAUAUGUUCUGUCGGGACACUUGGACAAAUAGGACAGAAUCUUGUUCGUUCGGUCGCCCGAUGCACCUCCAACGAGUGGUCGUUUUCCGCGACGCGAUACCAUCGAGUACGUGUUUCGAUCGUUCGCGAUUACGACCAAACGGUUCGUUCGUCGACCCAUCCACCUCCCCCACAACCCCCCCACAUCAUCCACGAUAAAUAUCUCGAGGAAUCGACUCGCCCAAUCGGGGUCGAAACGAAAAAAGCAUAUUUUCGUUGGAUAUCCGUGGGGCGGCCGACGAAAUCGAUAAGUCCCGUUCGUGAUAAACCCUUAAUUGAGGAUUAAGUAAUACAAAUCUUUAUUAACCCUUUUUUUAUUUUAUACUACUUUGUACAUUGUAUCAUGUAUGAUCUCUAAGAAGCACAAAACAAAAUGUCUACUGAUUUAUACAUGCUUUUGUCAUAUACGAUCCUAGUAAGGUAAAUCUACUGUUUAGGUGAAAUUAACGUUAGAUGAAAAUUACCGUGGGUUGGUCGUUGUGCUCCUCGUCGAGCGUGUCGACAGGGUGUAUACUUAAUAGGGGAAGAAAUAGGAGCACGGGAAACGCGUAAAGACGUAAUACACGAGAGAGGAGGGAGACACCUUUCGAUGGUACUCUGCCGAACAUUAAUCAACCAUUCGAGCCACUCACUUUGCUCUUUUAUUCGUCGCGCGCUUUCGCUCUACCCGCGGACGCGUUUCAUCUUUCGAGGAGAGUUUUUCGAUGCCGGGCGUAGAAACGUGUACAAUACGAAUCAUUUGACGAGACACGCCAUCUUGGAUUAACCCUUUCGCUGCGACACGCGCGUCUCAACUUACGGAAGUUCUUUUGUUCAACAACGAUCGUUAGAAUUUGCCCGAUUUAUUUGUACGAACGAGCGUCGAUCUAUCGAGUAGUAAAAGGGUUAACAUCAACCGUGUACGUAUAUUCAGAUUCGUCGUCGAAGAUCGCGAACAGCGCAGCAGAGUUCGAUUUCAUUACUUGUCGUGUGUGUGUUCGACGGAGGAAACGAAGAAUUUCGAAAUAGCGCGCAGACCAGCGUACCUUCGUGCGUGUACCCUCGGCGGUCGUCAAUUGUUUUUUGAAAGUAAUGCGCUGUACUUUGUAUACACGUCGAAUAAAUAAUCGCGUGCGCGCGCUUACGCGCCAAAAUUAGAUUAACUCGAUUAAAGUAUAAUCUAUAAGGGAGAAACAAGAAGAAAAUGACGCUUAUAUCUGUAAUACAGUGUACAUAGGGUAGUGGUAAUCGACCUUUUUCGAACGCCAUUCUGCACUCGUAAUUCGUAAACGUAGACGUGACAAAAAAAGAAAAAAAGAAUUAUACGUUUCUACGCGACAAAAGGACUCCGAGGUACGGCAAGGGAAAAAAUCGACGAUUUAAUCAAAGCAGUUUUAUUUUAUUCGGUUUUAGAGUUACAUUAGCUGUUUGGUUAUUA